AGCAGAGCCGUGCGGCGGAGGCGCCGCCGUGGAGCCACCGCCCCCUGGCCGCUUGGCCACUGCGUGGGGACCCGGACCGCGGCGGCUCCGGGUUGCCCAGAUGAUCCCGGGCUGGCGGCGGCGACAUAGGAGGAGGGAGGAUGACCGCUCCCCGGGAGCGGAGUGCCGACCUGGCUCGUUUCUACACUGUCACCGAACCCCAGCGACACCCGAGGGGCUACACGGUGUAUAAGGUCACCGCCCGGGUUGUUUCACGAAGAAAUCCAGAAGAUGUCCAGGAGAUAAUCGUAUGGAAGAGAUACAGUGAUUUUAAGAAACUGCACAAAGAACUAUGGCAAAUUCACAAAAACUUGUUUCGACAUUCAGAAUUGUUCCCUCCAUUUGCUAAAGGAAAGGUGUUUGGGCGAUUUGAUGAAACUGUUAUUGAAGAGAGAAGACAGUGUGCCGAAGACCUGCUACAGUUCUCUGCCAAUAUUCCAGCUCUUUACAACAGUAAACAGCUUGAGGAUUUUUUUAAGGGUGGAAUAAUUACCAAUGGCUCUGAAUUAAUUGGUCCUGCUGAAGCUCAUUCAGACUCCCUCAUUGAUACCUUUCCUGAGUGUAGUACAGAAGGCUUCUCCAGUGACAGUGAUCUGAUAUCUCUUACUGUUGAUGUGGAUUCUCUUGCCGAGUUAGAUGAUGGAAUGGCUUCCAAUCAAAAUUCUCCCAGUAGAACUUUUGGUCUCAAUCUUUCUUCGGAUUCUUCAGCCUUAGGGGCUGUUGCUUCUGACACUGAACCGAACAAAACAGAAGAAGAACGGGAAAGUCGUAGCCUCUUUCCUGGCAGUUUAAAAACUAAGCUGGGCAAGAGAGAUUAUUUGGAGAAAGCGGGAGAAUUAAUAAAGCUGGCUUUAAAAAAGGAAGAGGAAGACGACUAUGAAGCUGCUUCUGAUUUUUAUAGGAAGGGAGUCGAUUUACUCCUAGAAGGUGUUCAAGGAGAGUCAAGCCCUACUCGCCGGGAAGCUGUGAAGAGAAGAACAGCAGAGUAUCUUAUGCGGGCAGAAAGUAUCUCCAGCCUUUAUGGAAAGCCACAGCUGGAUGACACAUCUCAGCCUCCAGGAUCACUAAGUUCAAGGCCCCCUUGGAACCUAAGGAGCCCUGCCGAGGAGCUGAAGGCCUUCAGAGUCCUUGGGGUGAUUGACAAGGUUUUACUUGUAAUGGACACAAGGACAGAACAGACAUUCAUUUUAAAAGGUCUAAGGAAAAGCAGUGAAUACAGCAGGAACAGAAAGACCAUCAUCCCCCGCUGCGUGCCCAACAUGGUGUGUCUGCACAAGUACAUCAUCUCUGAGGAGUCUGUAUUUCUUGUGUUGCAGCACGCAGAAGGUGGCAAACUCUGGUCAUAUAUAAGUAAAUUUCUAAACAGAAGUCCUGAAGAAAGCUUUGACAUCAAGGGAGUGAAAAAGUCCACAGUUACUAAAGUUCACCUGCAACAACCAACUUCUAGUCCUCAGGACAGUGGUAGCUUUGAAUCCAGAGGAAGUGAUGGGGGAAGCACACUUAAAGUUCUGCCUCUGAAGACUAGUCUUACUCCAAGUUCUCAAGAUGAUAGCAACCAGGAAGAUGAAGGCCAAGACAGCUCUCCAAAAUGGCCAGAUUCCGGUUCGAGUUCAGAAGAAGAAUGUACUACUAGUUAUUUAACAUUAUGCAAUGAAUAUGGGCAGGAAAAGAUUGAACCAGGGUCUUUGAACGAGGAGCCUCUCUUGAAGACUGAAGGGAAUGACAUCGAUACCAAAGCCAUUAAGAGCUUUCCAGCACAUCUUGCUGCUGACAGUGACAGCCCAAGCACUCAGCUGAGAGCCCACGACCUGAAGUUCUUCCCUGGAGAUGAGGACCCAGAAGCAGUUUGUUCUCCAAGAACCUCUGAUUCCCUCAGUAGAUCAAAAAACAGCCCCAUGGAGUUCUUUAGGAUAGACAGUAAGGAUAGCACAAGUGAACUCCUGGGACUUGAUUUUGGAGAAAAACUGUAUAGUCUAAAAUCAGAACCUUUGAAACCAUUCUUUACUCUUCCAGAUGGGGACAGCACUUCUAAGAGUUUUAAUUCCAUUGAGAACAAGGUAGAGUUCAAAGCUCAGGACACCAUUAGCAGGGGCUCAGAUGACUCAGUCCCAGUUAUUUCCUUUAAGGAAGCUGCUUUUGAUGAUGUCAGUGGUACUGAUGAAGGAAGACCUGAUCUUCUUGUAAAUCUUCCUGGUGAACUGGAGCCAACAAAAGAAGCUGCUGCAAUGGGACCUACUAAGUUUACACAGACUAAUGUGGGCAUGAUAGAAAGUAAACUGUUGGAAGCCCCAGAUGUGUUGUGCCUUGGGCUUAGUACUGAACAAUGCCAGGCCCCUGAAGAAAAAAGCACAGAGGAACGGAGUGAUCACUCUAGGCCUAAGCCCUAUAGUAUAACAGAGACACACUAUGCACAGGAGGAUCUUGGGGUGUUAUUUGUAGCAGCUGUUGAUCAUAGUAGUUCAGGGGACAUGCCUUUGUUACCCAGCUCAGAUGCUAAGUUGCAAGGACUUGGAGUAGUGGAGACGGCAGUAACUGCAAACACCACAGAAGAAAGCUUAUUCUGUAUUUCUGAUCCCCUCUCAGGUGCUAAUGAAUAUAAUGCAAACACAGACACUUUAAAAACAGAGGAAGUAUUGCUGUUUACAGAUCAAGCUGAUGAUUUUGCUAAAGAGGAACCUACUUGUUUAUUCCAGAGAGACUCUGAGAGGAAGGGAGAAAGUGUGUUAGUACUAGAAGGAGACAAGGAAAUCCAUCAGAUUUUUGAGGACCUUGAUAAAAAAUUAGCACUAAACUCCAGGUUUUACAUCCCAGAGGGCUGCAUUCAAAGAUGGGCAGCUGAAAUGGUGGUAGCCCUUGAUGCUUUACAUAGAGAGGGAAUUGUGUGCCGCGAUUUGAACCCAAACAACAUCUUAUUGAAUGAUAGAGGACACAUUCAGCUAACGUAUUUUAGCAGGUGGAGUGAGGUUGAAGAUUCCUGUGACAGCGAUGCCAUAGAGAGAAUGUACUGUGCCCCAGAGGUUGGAGCAAUCACAGAAGAAACUGAAGCCUGUGAUUGGUGGAGUUUGGGUGCUGUCCUCUUUGAACUUCUCACUGGCAAGACUUUGGUUGAGUGCCAUCCAGCAGGAAUAAAUACCCACACUACUUUGAACAUGCCAGAAUGUGUCUCUGAAGAGGCUCGCUCACUCAUUCAACAGCUCUUGCAGUUCAACCCUCUGGAACGUCUGGGUGCUGGCGUUGCUGGUGUUGAAGAUAUCAAAUCUCAUCCAUUUUUUACCCCUGUGGAUUGGGCAGAAGUGAUGAGAUGAACACAUGCAGGAUGUUUUUCACACAUUCUGAUCUUCUCUGUAAUAGGCAUCUCCAGCACAAAAGCAGCUUGGCCUCGGUCAUUUAUGGAGCACCAAAGCAUUGGAAAAAGACCUUUAUUGGGAAAUUGGGGGAGGAGCUGGGGUAAAAGUGAUUCAUUUACAAUUACUGCCUGGACAGGAUAUUAGCUUAUUUUGCCAGUGGGCAUUAUAUACAUACCUUUAACCAAGGUAUGACUUGACUUAAUCUACGUUUAGGAUUGCAGUGCAUUGCAAACCCAACUGAAAUAGGAAUGUCCUUCAAGAAAUUACUCUGAUACAAAGCUCUAAGUAUAGAAUUAAGUUUUACUUGAAGAAGGGCCUUUACAUGGCAGCUAACAAUGCCUUCUGCUAACCAGGAUUGGUUUAUACGACCCAGGUAAUAUUUACUGAAUAAUACACUAAAAGUGCUUCAUGAACGGUGUCAUUGAUGGGGCUUAAAAAAAUGAGAAAAAAAAUAUACAUGGAAUGUCUGAAAGGGAGCCUGUACCAUAAUGCCAUAUAGUUAAUGCAUUUGACUGUGGUUCCAGAUCAUUUCUGUGAGGAGAAAACACUUCAUGUUGUGAGCUUUGAACUUUGUUGGUUGAUACUGCUCAUUAGAGAGGGUUCAGAUAAACACUCACUUCUCUCUCAACCUCAUCUUUCCCUGUCUUUCCAUUUCCUGCACCUUUUGCUUAUUCUCUCAUAUUCUGUUCUUCCUACUCUUGUUAAUACACAUGCAACAAAAAGGGAAGGGAGUAUUUAUUCCCCAAAUUGUGUCAACAUUAAUAAGAACUAAGAAAUCAUGAUAUAAAAUAAAUGUGGUAAAAAUGUAGAUGUCUCCUUCAUUUAAUAGCUUAAGAUUUUAAAAUGUAAAAAAAAAAAAAAAAUUCCUGUUCCUUUCCUUUUUAUAUUGGUAUACUAUGAACCAAAGGGUUUCGUCUAAAUAGAACUAAUGGCAAUCCUGUUUUAUUACUUUAAGUGAUAAGACUUCCAUAUUUGAACUCCUCAUCUGCUUGACAUAAUGUAGAAAGAAUAUGAGCAUUCACACAUCUCCAUUUUUGUUUUUGUAUUUGUUAUUUCUUUAUGUUGCUAAGAUAGCUCCUGUAGUCAUGCAUUGUUUACAAAAAAUUAUACAUAUUAAUGUGUUUUUUAAACUUUAUCCAAAAAAGGAAGAAUAGGGCACUAUUUCUAAGUUAGAGGCCACCAGAAAUAAUUAAAAUUUUCUUCUUUUAUUCUUUUUCUUUAAAUUUCUGUACAGUGCUGGGGAUCAAAGCCAGGGUCUUAUGCAUGCUAGGCAAGCACUUUACCACUGAGCUACAUCCCCAGCCCCUGAAAUUCUCUGUAUGUUUUAAUCUUUGUAUUUUUGAGAUCUGUGUGAGAGCCCAACCCUACUCCAAGAGCAUCUGCACAGCAUCCAUCUGCCAUCAACCAGGUCCUCCUAUCAAAUUAAAUGGAAGCAGAAAAUGCUUUAAUGAAACAAAGGAAAUGUGCAAGCAUUUUUCCUUUUUCUCUUACCCUAUUGCCCUUUUUCCUUUUUUGGUCCCCUUAUCACCUGAAUCCCAGCUGAAGGGCUGCAACAACAUCAGGUUGGGGAGCAGGUCACCAGGAUCAUAGCUCACUCAAGAUGACAUCACUCCCUGGAACUGGAUUUCAACUCACCAGUCCCUGGCCUCAUAACAGGAACUCAUGCAGGUGAGACCCAAGAGUGACUUCCUGUGUAAAACUAGUAGGAAAUGUGCACGUACUUAGAGUGGGCCAUUGCAAAACUUCCCUCCAGAAGUGCCCUAUGACAUGAAAGUAAGACUUCACAGUUGAGGUGAAGAUCCCUGCCCUACCACAGGAUUUGGGCCCCUGAGUACAAAGUACAGUUGUGUCCACAGAUGGUUGCUAUGUCAGUCUGUUGACACGUCCAUUGCUUCAAUUUUUCCCUCUCUUUUCUCUCUGUAUGUUUCAUUGGAGCUUCAUCAUGCUGGACAUGAGUUAUUUUAGUAAUAAACAGGAUAAAUGACUGUGGUAUGAAAACCAAGCAAUUUUUUUAUUUGAUGAUGUAUAAUAUUUUAAACUGUAAUGGUAUGAGUGAUACUGGCUUCUGGGUUUUUUGUUGUUGAGCAGGGGAGUGGAAUAUGGGUCAAAAUCAUGACAGAAAUUACCUUUUAGUAUUUAUCAUCUGUUUUUUUUAAUGGUAAAAGAUACAAUAACAUUCACCAUUUUACCCAUUUUUAAGGAUAUGAUUCAGUAGUGGCAUUAACCAUAUUCACGUUUUUUUUCUUUUGAUGCUGGGGAUUGAACCCAGGGGCACUUAACUACUGAGCUACAUCCCCAGCCCCCUUUUAAAAAAAAUCAUAUAUAUA